AUGUUCUGUCCACUACCUGAUGUUCUGAGGGAUCUGCUGAACUUGAAAUGUCUUUCAUCGCCUGAGGCAGCUCAGAAAUUCUUUAGUCCUGCUGGUAAUGAUCCUCCAGAUGACAUCGGUGUUGAGUUUUCGGAAGAUGGCUACUUCCCCGAUAUUGACGGGUGGAAAUAUGUGUUGCCAGAUGGGGUGGCGACGCGCAUCCGGUUUCGCAGGCGAGAUGACGAUGACAUUGUUGCAGAAUGGAGCAUGGCAGUGCGCGAUAUUGACAUUCCGGAAGAGUAUGACCUUGAAGCAGCUGCCAACCGCUUAGCAGAUGCUUUCGAGCUAGACCACCGCGAGCUUCGAUUCACGGACGACGCGAAUCUGGCCUUCCAGUCCUACAGUGCCUACUUCAAUAUUCUGGUGGCACAGGCCCGGCAAGAUGAAGAUAUCGGACAAGCAGCCCAAAUGGGCUGCUGUCCAUGGAAGCUUGGAGUGCUGAGUGCAAGCCUGGCAUUGUGGGACAUCGCAUGGCAACAGCAGGAAGCACCUGUCGCCGACCAGACACAGCCAGUACUGGUAACUGUAAAUGUUGUAUCGCGUGCAUUUGGCUUGCUUGAGAUUUUAGAAAGUAUUGUUGCCAUUAUGUCCGGACAUUCUGGCACGACCGCUUUUGCAUCGGUGGCAGCUGCUGCGGACGCUACUCGCAAAAGGAAGCAGUCGGAUGAAGAUCAUCUGUCAGCGCAACUUCAACAGUCAAGUCCAGACAAGUCGUGGGACCCACAAGCUCAGCAUAGUGGUAUCCUGGACACCGAGCUUUUGCGUCGCUUGCUCAUGAAGGCUGAAAAGGAUACGGACACCGGUCCUUACAUUGUCAAGAGCAGAGCAAUUUACAAUGUCGCCCGACAAAAAGAUAAGCUUGCGAAGCCGCUCGCGGUGAGUGAUUUCCGAUCCUUGGCCAAAGCGGUGCCAACAGCGCUGGGGAGCUAUGAUGAAAGUAAAGACUGCCUCGUACUGGCGUUGCCCAAUGACGACAGCGACGAAUUUGACACUGCCUUAUUGGAUCGAGCAAAGAUCUCCAGCGGUGCUCUUCAAGCUUUUUGGCAAAACAAUUGCGACAAACGCAAAGGCAAGAAAAGGGCAGCAAAGAAGCCAAAACGUCAAGACGUGCCUUACAUCCCUGUGGAACAACAGCUGGACAACAAGACGAAAGCAGAGCUGAGACAUCAGAGGUGGUGCGUUUCUUUCGCAGACCUGGUGCAGUGGUCAGAAAGGAAGCUUAUCACAUAUCUGAUAUCUAUCGGAAUACUGUGGAAGUUCGUGCGAUGUCCCCACUGCAAGACUGGUAAAGUUUGCCCACCUUUCUUUCAUCGCUCUCGAGGGUGGGUGCAGCGGUGCAAGGGAUGGAAGUGUCAUAAGUUCGUCUUGCCACAUGCUGAGCAUCCAUUUUUCACUUGUGCAUGGGGGCAAUCCUACAUACCAUUGCGACAGCAAGUGCAAGUGCUCUUCUGCAACGCUGCAAGACUAGGAUCCGGCCAAGUUCACAUUCUCACAGGGCUCGGCGCGAAGGCAGUUCAAUCAUUAUCGCAGCGGUGGCGUGAAGCUUUGAUUCGGUUCGUUGAGCAGCAGCAGGACAGUAAGCCUUUCGGAAAUCUGCAGCGCUGGGUGCAGUGUGAAGUCGACGAGGUGACUUUACGAGGGAAGCGCUGUGGCAACAGGGUAGCAUGGCACCAAUAUCUUGGGAUUCUGGAAAGAGGGAAUCGCAGAAGUUUAGUCCUUGUGAAGAUGAAGGUUCGAACCACAUCUGUCAAGAAGACAGGGUCAGGCACGGGAUCCACAGGCCCAGCAGGCCCGAUCACGAAGGAGGAAUGGAAGCGUAUUGGAUGUCGCUACUUGAAAAAUAGAAAAAUCUUGCUGCACUGUGAUGGUGCCAGAGCUUAUCGAUAUGUCCGGAUUCCAGGUGUAGUGACGGAUGCUGUCAAGCACAAAAAGCCUAGACCGGUUUACGCAGCCUUAUGGAGGCAUCGGCUACCUCGUGACCAGGCAAAGGCACACACUGAUGCUCGAAGCUUGAAGCAGAGCGAGACGGAGGUCACUUGGGUUCAGAAGGGCACACAACUCAUCGAUAACUUGUGGAGGCAGCUGAAGCUUCUCGGCUUACCCAAAAGUACCAAAGCCGAUGAGUCCACGAUUGAAAGCAGAGUCCGCGAAUUCCAGUUUCAUCAUUGGAACGCCGAAGCAGACAAGUUCAAGGCCGCGAGCUCCGUAGUGGCUGCGCACUACUCCAGUAUUUUCCGCUGA